GACGACGCGGGGCUUCUGUCCGCGCUCGCGGACGCGGUCGGCGUCUUCUACAACCACUCCGGCGACGCGGCGUGCUUCGAUAUCCGCGCCGGCGUGAACGAAGACUCGCGGCGCGACGGCGACGGGUGGGACUGGCAGUUCUGCACCGAGCAAUUCAUGCCGUCGUCGAGGGACGGCGAGCGGGACAUGUUCUGGAAACAGCCGUGGAACGAGUCCGAGCAGAUCGCGCGCUGCGAGAAGCGAUGGGGCGUGACCCCGAGAGUCGGGUGGGCGACCACGCAGUUCGGGGGACGGCGCCUGAGCGACGCGUCCAGGAUCGCGUGGUCCAACGGCGACCUCGACCCGUGGUCGCGUCUCGGCGUGAACGCGAACGUCUCCGACUCGUUGGUCGCGGUUCCCGUUCGCGGCGGCGCGCAUCACUUGGACUUCAUGUGGAGCCACCCUGACGACAUCGAGAGCGUGAAACGAGCGCGCGCGAUGGAGGGUAGGCUCAUCGCGGAGUGGAUCGACAUCGCGCGGCGCGAGGGCGGCGAGGCGAAGACGAAGACGAAGACGAGCGGAGAAGAAGAAGAAGAAGAAGAAGAAGAAGAAGAAGAGAGAUUGAUUUUUUUUUCACAGUAGGCGUAUGUAGUUCUGUUCUUGCACCGACCGCCGCGC